AUGAAAUUCAAGAGAGGUGACCCAACCAAAAACCCAUUGCCAUCAAGUCGAUUCUGACUCAUAUUGACCCUGUAGGACAGAGUAGAACUUGCCCACAGAGUUUCCAAGGAGCUCCUGGUGGAUUUGAACUACCAACCUUUUGGUUAACAACUGUAACUCUUAACCGCUACACCACCAGGGUUUCCCAAGAGACGUGAAGUGGCCCUUAAAUGUCACAUGCAACUUUGUCCACAGUAGUUUUGUAAGUGAAGUAGACAGGAUGGGGGGUAGUGAUAGAAAAAAAAAUUUUUUUUUUUUUUAAGAGCUAAAAUCCAGAGAUGAGAGGGUAAUGUUAAGACAGAGCUGGAGGAAAAAUGAGAGAUUGAGUAGUAGGAGGCUCAGGGUCAUGGGAAACAGUAGAUUUUCAUUGUUAUAGGCAGUAGCUGAAAGGGAGGAUUGUCUGUUGGUAGUGGAAGGAAGUUACAAUAGAGAUACUGAGGGGACGAUUUGCUGAGAACAGAAAUCAAAGACCAUCUUUGCUGAGAGAAAGAAACACCUGCAAAUGAAAUGCUGUUUCUGCAACUUCCAUUGCUAGCUGUGUUCCUUCCAGGUGGCAACAAUGAGGAAGCUAUCCAGAAACCCAUCUCAUUCCAACUCAUCCAGAUCUCAUCCUUUGCUAAUCAAACCUGGGCACAAAAUCAGGGCUCAGGUUGGCUGGAUGAGUUGCAGACUCACAGCUGGGAGAGUGAAUUAGGCAGUAUAAUUUUCCUGCACACCUGGUCCAAGGGCAACUUCAGCGAUGAAGAGCUGAUGGAUCUGGAGCUGCUCUUCCGUGUCUAUUUCACUGGUUUUAUUCGGGAGGUUCAAGACCAUGCCAGUGCAUUGAAGUUGGAAUACCCCUUCACGCUACAGGUGUCUCUUGGCUGUGAGCUGCAUUCCAGGGAGACCCCAAAAAGCUUCUUCCAUGUAGCUUAUCAAGGGUCAGAUUUCCUGAGCUUCCAGAACAUGUCCUGGGUGCCAUCUCCAGAGGGAGGGAGUAGGGCCCAGAAUGUGUGCAAUCUAAUCAAUCAGUACCAAGGCAUCCAGGAGACGGUGCACGGGCUCAUCAGGAACACCUGCCCCCGAUUUGUCUUGGGUCUCCUGGACGCAGGGAGGAUGUAUCUCCAGAGGCAAGUGAGGCCACAGGCCUGGCUUUCCAGUAGCCCCACCCUUAGUCCUGACUGGCUGUUGCUGGUUUGUCAUGUCUCUGGCUUCUACCCAAAGCCUGUUUGGGUGAUGUGGAUGCGGGGUGAGCAGGAGCUACCGGGCACUAAACAAGGAGGUAUCCUUCCCAAUGCUGAUGGGACAUGGUAUCUUUGGGUCAUCCUGAAUGUGAAGGCUGAGGAUGUGGCUGACCUGUCUUGCUGGGUGAGGCACAGCAGUCUGGGCAGUGAGGACAUCAUCAUCUCCUGGGGACACCACAUCUCAAUGAACUUGACCCCGCUGGCAGUGGUAGUGCCCCUGACGCUUCUGAUAGGCCUUGCAUUAUGGUUUAAGAAGCGCUGUUCUUAUCAGGACAUCCUGUGAGCCUCUUUACCAUGCCUCCUCCAACGGAACAGGAGUACAACAGUCCAGGAGAUCAGCAAAAAUACUGAUGCCAAAUACUUUCUAACCUCCAAUUAAAUGUGUUUUUAUGUUUCUGCUUAAUGAUCAUUUGUUAAAUAAAAAUGAGUUCCGUAUCUGUAACUCUGCAUGCAAUGACUUUGUAUAAAUAUCUAUUUUUUCAACUGUAUUCAGCCUUCAAAGCCCAUUUCUGAUGUCACUUCUUUCACAGGUGUUCAGUGAUUCACAAGUCAGAAGCAGUCUCUCUCUCUCUCUCUUCUGAGUUCCCACAGUACUUUAACUGUACUCUGCCGCAUUUAAUCCUUUCUCCCUGUCCAGCAUUGAAAUGAUUUAGGCCUCUUUCUCCCUUCUAAAGUUUAAGCCCCUUGAGGGAAAGGAUCUUGAGAAGUGUCUUAGCUGCAUAUAAUAUGUGCUCAUCAAAAAACAAACAAAACAAAACCCACAUAUUCAAAGUAAAUUAACUGUCAGGUUGGUAGUAUUUUCUCAUUCUUUUGAAACAUUGAUUUUUUUCCUUUUUCUUUAAAUGCUUCUUAGUUGGCCAAGAAAUUCCACACUCUAUUAGUUCCUUCAUUUCUACCUUGAACCUUUAAGGAAAAAUACAGACAGCCAAUUCUUUCAUAUGCACACACACACAGAUAUGCACACGUAUUGGAAACACAAUAAGAGAACAAGAUAGAGAGACAGAAAGAGAAAGUGAGAGAAACAAUUACGAAUGAAGAGUGGUGGGGCAGAUAUGUCACUGAAUGUUCGAAAAAAAGAAGAAAGAGAGCUGGUCCUCAGAAUUGGGGUGGGAUCAAGGCAAAGGAUAUAUAUGGAUAACAAAUACUCUAAAGAGUGGUGCUAUUUGAGUUAGUCUUGGUUAAACUUUAGUUACUUUAGCAUUCAUUCACUAACUCAACUAAUUUUUUUAAGUACAGUUUAUGAGGCAAGCACGUAAUAGCGUAUAUGUCAGUGGGUGAAAAACAGAUAUCAUGCCCACCCUCCGGAAAUUGCAAUGUUUGUUUAAUCUGUUUGCCUUUUUUAUAGCUUUUUUUUGUUCCUUUUAAACAAUUUUUAAUAAACUUUAUUGAUGUUUAAUUUACAUACAAUAAACUCACCCAUUUUAAGCGUUCAGUUAAAUGCAUUUUGAUAAAUAUGUAUACCUAUGUAAGCAUUACCACAGACAAGAUAUAGAACAUUUCCAUCACCCCAUGGCCCCUUGUGCCCAUUUGUAGUCAAUGCCACAACCAACUUAGUAUCCUUGCAAUUACUGAUCUGCUUUGUACCUCUUAAACUUAGAUUUGUCUUUCUCAUAGUUUUAAGAGAAUUGAAAUAAACUGUAUGUAUUCUUUGUGACUGGCUAUUUUUCUCCCCUUAUUCUUUGUGUCUGGCUGUUUUUUUCCCCUUAGUAUAUGGUUAUAAGUCAUCCAUGUUGUUGAGUGUAUCAGUAGUCUGUUCCUUUUUAUUGCUGAAUAGAAUUCCAUGAAAGGAUAUAUAGUCAUUGUUAUUUUUGUCCAUCUGCUCUUUGUUUCUAGUUUGAAUUUCUUAUAAAUAAAAUCAUUGAUGUCAUUUUGGUGUUUGUGUUGUGUUUGUUUCUUUAGUGAACUGCCUGAACUAAUUCUGUA